AUGCCAGUGUCGAAUAUGGCAGCCACGUCCGAGUGUCUUCCCCGGUGUCGCCCUUUGGCAACGACGCAAGCAGCGUGGAUGGCACUAUACAGUCGAACGUGGUGUCUAGCAUGGGUUCCCGUGGUCGGAGGAUACUUUGAAGUCUUUGAUGACAUCCUGAAACUGCUCAAGCACAUUCAAGACGGCAAUUUGCUCCGAGAGCAGAGUGCCAUCCCUUUGGCUUCCGAAGCGGCCACCGCGUCGGCAUCCCACACGAAACUGGCACUUGGCACAUAUAAAAUGUGGUUCCUUAAGUAUAAGCCCCUGGCAGCCACUCAUUUGACACUUGAAGAACGAUCGGGCCACAGCAGCCGCACGAUUUGA